AUGUCGCGAUUCUGUCUCUUCCGCGUGAUAUUCACAGGCGCCUACCGGUUCUCAACCCUCUUCAAAAUCGAGCCCACAGAUGUAUCCUGGACCCUUGCCGAAGCCUGCACCUGGUGCCUCAUCGAGACAGCAAGUGGAAUAAUCUCCACCUGCAUGCCGACACUGCGCCCAUUGUUCGUGAUUCUUUCAUCGAAAUUCGGAAGUCGCUUCGACACAUCAAGAACAGGAAUAACAGAUGGCAAAACAUCCGCCCUGCGAAACUUCGGACCGGAUGGAACGGCCCUGAGAUGCCUUGUAAGAUACGGAGUGGCCGCAGGGUCCAGAGACGAGUCCUUGUCAAAGUCACGGGUGCAGAUGCAUGUUAGCCAGGACGACUCGAGCGAUGAAGUACCACUGAACACGAUCAUGGUGACACGCGACGUGCAGUAG